AUGGAGCUAUUCGAGCUUAUUCGAAUGCUUAUUGUGAUUGUUGUACUUUUCUUUUUCUGUUGGACACCUUCUUAUAUUUGGUGGAUAUUUUUGUGUGCGCAAGAUACAUUUGGGACCUUUAAUAUUUGGAAUUCUGAAGUGAAUACUAUAAUAACAGUUCUGACUUAUCUCUCAUCAUGUACAAAUCCCAUAACCUAUUGUUUUUUGAACAAUAAAUUUCGCAAUGCUCUGAUACUUACAUUUGGAUGGAAACGCUCGAGUGCGCGAAAGAGCAAAAGUGAGGGUCAUUACAAUUACACACAAAACACAUCUCCUAUGGAAUAUAGAAGGCGUUCUUAUGAUCCGAAUGAUGAAAAUUAA